AUGGCCGUGUUGAUGCACUUUGGCAUGACUGGCAUGAUCCACCUUCGAGAUGUGAAAUCGCAUUUGGUGUUCAUGGAGAACGGCGGAGACAAGAAAAUCAAGCUGGAAAAGGAGAAUGGCGAUGAAACGCCCGAAUUGGAGCUGGAGCCGGAGCCGCAAGAGUGGCCUCCGCGGUUUUCGAAGUUCGAGCUCGAGUUGGAGAAUGGGCAGAAAACAGAACUUGCGUUUGUUGAUCCUAGGCGGUUGGCUCGGGUCCGGCUUUUGUGGGGGCCCGAGUGUUCGUCAGACGAGCUCCUAAUGCAGCAGGAGCCGUUGAAGCGGCAGGGACCAGACUACUCGAAAGGAGGAGAAAGAGAAGUGAAGAAAGAAGAGGGAGAAGUGAAGAGAGAAGUGAAGAAAGAGGAGGGAGAAGUGAAGGAAGAGGUGAACAAAAUCAAAGAAGAGGCAGAGGGGGAAGAAGGUCUAGCCAAGGCUGAACAGGAUGUGAUUUCGCUCUUUUCUCCCUCUCAUGAGCCUUCUGUGUCCGAUUUCCCUCGGCCUACCGUUUUCCAUCCAGACCCAGAUCCAGACCCUCAUGGACGGGCUCGGUUAGCGUUUCCCGACUUUGCCAAGUUGGUUUUGUCGCGCCGCAAACCCAUCAAGGCUCUUCUUCUCGACCAGGCGUUUUUUGCCGGCGUGGGAAACUGGGUCAGCGACGAGAUUCUUUACCAUGCCCAGAUCCAUCCAAGCGAGAAUUUGGCCGAGCACAUUUCCGACCCUGAAGAUCCCCGUCUUGCAAGGCUCUACUACAGCUUGAUCUACGUGAUGGAGGUAAGUGUGGCGGUCGAGGGGAAUGUGCGGGAAUUUCCCGAGAACUGGCUCAUGCUCCAUCGGUGGGGAAAACGGAGAAAGGAAAAGGCGAAAACAAAAAUGGGCUAUUCUGUUGCGUUUGAAACUGUCGGGGGAAGAACGAGCUGUUUUGUCCCGGAGUUGCAGAAGCGUAUGGGACCUGCUGUCAAGAGACGGAAAACGUCCAAGGAAAAGCAAAGCGAUGAUGAAUAG